GUAAUGAUAACAGACGGUGUUAGUUAAUAGUUGCCGAUUUUUCCAGUUUUGUGUAACGAUCUGUGAUGUGUUUGUAAUUUGUGUGCAUUUCCCAGAACGAGAGGAAUGCCAUCGAAAACGGGCCUGCUGACGGCGGUUCACCUGACGAACAUCGCAAACACCUUAGCCGCCACACGCAAAUAUGGCUUAGCAACUCUCUACGUUCAGUUGCAUCCACGGUUCAGAGAUGCGACCAGAUCGACAGCUUUCAGCAAAUUUAUCGCCAGUGUGUACCAAAGCUCACCGAAAGUGCUCGGUCCUGGGGUGGAUUUGCGCAUCCUCAUUAGUUCUCUUAAACGGAAAGAAUGUGUUCCUUUGAAGCGCCCCAUCGACUAUCUCUUUUACGAUUAUUCCAUCGGUUCGCAUCAGGAUGCGAAUUUUGAUGCGCCGAGGCACUAUCCUGGCUCCAGUGUGAUAGAACUAGGCACACAGCCGUUUUCGAUUGAUGUCACCGCGUUCACAGAAUCGCAGGACACUUUUAAAAAUGUCGUACUGGGUGGCACAUUCGAUCGAAUUCAUGCCGGCCACAAAGUGUUACUGUCCCAAGCCGCACUAUUAGCUGAGGAACGAUUGCUCGUCGGUGUAACCGACGAAAACAUGAUCAAAAGCAAGAAACUGUGGGAGCUGAUUCUUCCGACGGAGCGAAGGAUUGCAGAUGUUCGAGCGUUCUUGGAAGACAUCGAUUCCACCUUGCAGUACGAGGUCGUUCCCAUAAGUGAUCCAUUCGGACCAACUGCUACGGACCCGAACAUGGAUAUGAUCGUCGUCAGUACGGAAACGGCACGUGGUGGGGCCAAGGUAAACGAACUUCGCGCCAAAAAUGGACUCAACCAGCUGCAAGUCUACACGAUCAACUUGCUGGACGACGAACUAACCGUUGAAGACAAAGAAGACAAAAUCAGCUCCAGCAAUCAACGGAUGGAUAUGUUGGGAGCUCGUUUGAAGCCACGAGAAGCAAAGCCGCAUCUGAGUUCGACCCCGUACAUCAUUGGACUGGUUGGAGGUGUAGCUGCGGGCAAAAGCAAAAUGGCGGAACGUUUUGCCAAGCUCGGUGCAGGAGUGAUCGAUUGCGACAAGAUUGCCCACGAAUUGUACGAACCGGGCCAGGAUUGUUACCAGGCGGUUGUGAAUAAUUUUGGACUUGGAAUUCUGAAUGAGGACAAAACGAUCAACAGGAAAAUUCUGGGUGGUAUCGUGUUCACCGAUCCGGACAAGUUAAACCUGCUGAACACGAUCCUAUGGGAUGCGAUUUUAGAUAGGGCCAAGGAAAGGAUCAAGAAUUUGUACGAGAAGGAACACAAGCAGAUUAUCAUCAUGGAAGCAGCUGUGCUGUUGAGAGCUGGGUGGCAAAGUGCAUGCCAUGAGGUUUGGUCCUGCAUUAUUCCGAGGGAGGAAGCCCUGAAACGGUUGGUCGAUAGGAAUGGGUUAACGGAAGAAGAAGCUGAUAAGAGAAUAAAAGCACAACUUAGCAAUGCGGAGCUGGUGCAGCACUCGGAUGUUGUGUUCUGUACGGCAUGGAGCUACGAGUACUCGCAACAGCAGGCUGAAAAGGUUUGGGCGAAUUUGAUGAAGGAACUGAAGCUGAAGCUGUAGGUUCUGGUGGUUGGGCGGUUAAAAUAAAUGUUGA